AUGGUUUCAGCUCGCACGCAGCCCGGCUUAACCUCGGCGCCCCGUUCAUCAGCAGCAGCCCUCCCCGGGAUCGAUGCGACCCUAACCCUCACCCACCCACACACACACACACACACACACACACACACACACACACACACACACACACAGCCCAUCACAGGAAAUGGAAGAGAGAGAGAGAGAGAGAGACACCCGCUCAUGACUAAUUUCAUAAUUAAUUGCUUAAAGAUGCAGUGGACCCCAGAGCACAGCCAGUGGGCCGAACAGCAUUUUGACAUCUCUUCCACCACGCGCUCACCAGCCCACAAGGCUGAGGCCUACCGGGCGGUACCGGGCCACCUGCAGCGCUCGGCCACCUACCAGUACGCCUGGGCCAAUGACGACAUCUCCGCCCUCACCGCCUCCAACCUGCUCAAGAAGUACGCCGAGAAGUACUCCGGUAUUCUGGAAAUGCCGGGCUCGUAUUCUGAGGCGCCCGGCGUGAUGAACGGACGGAAAGGUGAAUCCGAGCCCUGGCAAGAUGGCGUCUACCCCAUGAGCUGCAUCCCAGAGGGGGUUUCUGUUAGAAAAGGAGGCGUGGCGGCGGCUUCAGAGGUUGUGUCUGGCAUGUGCAGCUCCCCGGGCCUGGCGUCCAGCACCCUGAGCGAGCCCAGCUACUCCAGCAGCAGCUGUGGGAGCCACAGCGCCACCGCCCUGCACUCCUCCUCCAUGCCCUCUCAGGAAUACGGCCCGGCGUACAGCGGCUCCUACCUGCACAGUAGUUACAGCUCCCAGUCCGCCCCCACCCCGGCACUUCCGUCCCCGCUGCACAGCUCUGGGCUUCUGCAGCCGCCCCCUCCUCCGCCCUCCCAUCCCACUUUAGUUCCAGCUUACAAUGGAGGCUCCCCGAACUUGUCUAGUUAUAAUUACCCCCCAGCAGGCUACCCCGCUCAGAGCUCAGUCGGGCCAGGUUACAGCCCUGGGGGGGCACCCCCUCCCUCCUCAUACCUCCCCUCAGGCAUCGCUGCACCCACUCCCCUUCCGCCCUCGUCUGCAUUACCUGGAUACCCCUACCAGAGCCACAACCUGACCCCAAUUGCCCCCACCCCUCUCAACAGUAGCUCCUCCAACUCGCUGAAGAGGAAAGCCUUCUACAUGACAGGCCAAGGAGAGCUGGACUCCGCUUACGGUAACUUUGGCUACAGCCAGGCUCGGAGCUCGGCGGAGAGCCCCAUGUACAGGGUAGCAGACAGCAGCAGCGCUAACGGAGGCUCCAACAGCACCAGCGCUGGUGGAUUUGACAGGAGUGCUGAGAAGUCCUCUUUACCGUUUAAUCCUCAGAAGCAGUCCACGAUGCCGUCAGAGCAGCAGCAGCAGAGGAAGUACAGCAGCCAGGCCACAGGUGGGCCGCUGACCCCCCCAGGCUACGUCUCAUCCACCCUGGGGGGCUCCCGCUCAGCGGACUCUCUCGCCAGCUUCACCUCCCCGUCCCUCAGUGAGCAGGGUGCUGAUGAUCACCGUCUCCACCUGUCCCACUCAGCACCAGGGCCUACCUCCUCCUCGUCCACCUCCUCCUCCCGGCCUGCUGAAGAGCAGCUAAAAACCAGUGACCCUCACCUCUUGGACAUGGUUACCUCUGAAAUCGUUCAGCAGGGCCCACCAGUGGACUGGAGUGACAUUGCAGGUCUAGAAAUAGCUAAGGCCACCUUGAAGGAGGAGGUGCUGUGGCCCAUUCUGCGUCCGGACAUGUUCAGCAGUUUAGGACCGGCCCCGCGCUGCGUGUUGCUGUUCGGGCCCCGGGGCAGUGGCAGGACGUUGCUGGGCCGCUGCCUGGCCAGUCAGCUGGGUGCCCCGUUCCUCCAGCUCAGCGGGUCCACGUUGGCCACCAAGUGGGUGGCAGAUGGAGAAAAAAUCAUCCGAGCAUCAUUCCUGGUGGCGCGCUGCCGGCAGCCCUCAGUACUGUUCAUUAGCGAGGUGGACAUGCUCCUGUCAGCCCACCUCAGUGAGGAGAGCCCCAUCAACCGGCUGAAGGGGGAGCUGCUAGCUCAGCUGGACUCACUUCUCAUGGGCUCAGGGGAGGACGGAGGCAACCAAGUGCUGGUGGUUUGCUCGACCAGCAGACCCCAGGACAUGGACGAAGGGCUGCGCAGGUACUUUGCUCGGAGGGUCCUGGUGCCCCUCCCGGAUAGCGCAGCCCGACACCAGAUCAUGAACCAGCUCCUGGUCCAAUCUCAGCACAAAUACUGCUUGAGUGAGGAGGAGCUGGCGCUGCUGGUCCAGCGUACCGAGGGCUUCUCCGGACUGGACCUGGCCAGACUCUGCCAGGAGGCCCUCGUAGGUCUGUUACACGUCUCUGCACAGGGCAUGGACAUGACGGGGAUGAUGCCCCGGGGACAGAUCAGGCCCCUCACCUACCCGGACAUUGAGAGUGUCUUUUGUAAAUUCCAAGCCAGUAUAUCGCAGAAAGAGAUUGACACGUACACCGAGUGGAACAAAAUGUUCGGCUGCAGUCAGUGA